AUGUACGGAUUCUGGGCUCUAGAGCCCUCCAAUAUCAACAAGAACAAAAGACAAAACGUCAUGGGUCUUUUAUCCUCCGAAGACCAAGAAAUUCCUCGUUCUCUCCAACUCAGCGGUUUAGAGCAUCGAAUUCCAAUGCCUCGUUCACUUUCCGCGAUCUCAAAUCUUGAGAUUCGCGAUCUUAAUCGCGAUCAGGUUCGCUUUUAUCAUCCUGGUUAUCUCAAGCCUUUGAACCUGCUCUUUUGUCUGCCGCGCGUUGACUACGAACCCCUCCGAGGCGCAUGGGGAGUUCAUUAUCGUACUGCAAUUACUGCUUGCCAAAUCCUUGCCAAUAAUGCGUUUGGUAGUGGUAGGCUGGCUAGGGAUGAGCGGGGAAAGGAUAUAGUCGCCGAUGAUGAUCAGAUUUUGUUGAACAGGGAUUAUUGGUUCUUUGUCGAUGGCGAAGAACGAUAUCCUAUUGUCCCCAGCUUCAGAGAUUGGCAAUUCCCUCAUGAUAAAAUACCAGACUGGUGGGCUGCACCCGAAUGCGAAACCACUCUUCACAGCAAGCGAUGCGCUGUCACAAAUACCAGCUACGCAUUCACAUGGGCUCAUUUGAUCCCACGAGAUGAGCAGCAAUGGUUCAACAAAAACGGCAUGGGUCUCUACGGUGGCGGAUCACACACCAUUGACGACCCUCACAACAUUCUCCCUCUCAAGGCCGAUCUCUAUGUCUGUUUCGACCAGAGUGUUUUCGCUCUCAUCCCCAAAGUCGCCAGGUCAUCAAAUGGCACUGAACACAACCAGUACGUGCUUCAUGUUCUGGACGGACGAGAAGCAGAGUUUGCAGCUUUGUACCAAAACCGCAACGUCGAAACACUCGCAGAAGGAAGCAGGGAGUAUCUCUUUGCUCGUUUCGCAUGGUCCAUCUUUUCAUUCCUCAAGCCUUUCCUCACAUCUGGUGUUGGACGUCGGGUCGUGCGAUACCGUGUUCACGCAGCAGAUGAAGGCGAAGAGGAAGAACACUUGGUUUCUGAAAUGCAAAAUGUCUUUUUAGACUCUAGAAAGUUGGAUCAGUUGUAUGGUGGUGUCAGAGGAAGACGUGCUCCUUCGCUUGAGGGUUCGUAUGUGGAUGUUGAGGAUGAGUGGGAGGAUGAGAACCCUGGACGGAAUGAGAUGGAAGCAUGA